UAUAAUCUAUGGGUAGGUAGGUACCGUGCCUACGAAAAGCAACGAGGCUAUUUGUAUUUAAAAUUGUCAUAGGUGCCCAAGACGGUGAUUUUAUUUUCUGACAACUAUCAUCAAAAUGGCUAAAACGGUGGAUCUAGAAUUAAAACAAGCGUUUGUCGAUUUACAAGUGCUAAUGAUUGAAACUAAAAAGACUAUUGAAAAUAUAGAUCACCAGCUUGCCGUAUUGGGACGCAUGCAAAUGCAUACAAAUCUUACUCAGCGUGAAAUCGACGUGCUACCACCUGGAACGAAAACCUAUGAAUCUAUGGCAAGAAUGUUUGUUCAAUCAGACUUAGAGCAUAUUAAACAGAAUUUGAGACAAAAAACCAAUACAUUGAUAAGCCGCAUUGACGAUUUAAAUAAUCGCAAGGUAUGUUUAAACCACACUUUAAAUGAAAGUGAGUCCAACAUCAGAGAUUUGAUUCAGCAAAAAAGGAUGAAAAAUGAAAAUCAGCCAGCAGCAGAAUCAAACCCAAUACCUUCAAAAAAAUAGAUGAUUGGAAUUAUAAUUAUCCACAUGAAAUCAAUUGUUAAUGAAGCAACUUUGUCUAUUAAUUUUUUUUAGCUAAUAAUACAAUUAUAAUAUAAAAUAAUUAUCUGUACAUAGAAAAAACUGUCUACAAUUGUAAGCAACAAUGAUUUGCAUCACAUGAGAUUGCUCAACAAACAAGUCGGUGUAUUAUUAAAAUAAUGUACUGUAUUAUUAAACAAUAUAAUAAAAGGAUUGAAUAUCAUAAAAUACGAGGGGUAAAGAAUUUGUUCCCACAAAUAUUUUAUUUGUUAUAUUAUGAUGACAUUGUACAGUUUACAGUUCAAAACAAGGAAUAUUAAAUUAUAGAGCAGUGCACUGCUGUAAUAUAACAAUAAAAAUAAGCUGAAUGCAAAAUUCCACUCUAUUAUCGUACCAAAAUAAAUAUUAGUCUCAUAACGUAGGUAUCCUGUUAUCAUCUUCUAAGUUGUAGUAGAUCAAGUGUUUAUCAUUAUUUCUGUUAUAGAAUUGGUAUAUUUGAUAUUACUAUUUCAAUUUAUGGAAUAGUUUCCUUAUGUCUUGUAUAAAUUUCCAUUGGACAACUUGCUGGUUCAUUAACAAUACAUUAAAUAUCUUGAAUAUAUAAUAACAAUGUUUUAUAACUUAAUGUUUUUCAAAUUUAACAAAUAUAAUAUUUUUAAAAUUAGUAACAUAUUUCUUGCAUUAUUAGUAAUAUAUUAUUGCUUUAUAAGUUGCUGUUCAUUAAAAUAGCAGAGAAUAAAAAAUCUAAAUGUAUCACAAUAAAUUAUAUUAAAUCCUUUUU